GGAGUAUAGUUUUCUUAUCACCAGUUUAUCAGAAUCAUGGGAAACUGUUUGGGACAGCCAGGUGAUGAUAGUAGGAUGAGUACUUCUGCCAGCAAUAAAUCACCCACUUAUCGUGCAGAAAGAGAUGAUGGCCCACAUAACAGCGCGAGCGUGGUGAAUCAAGGAAGGACAAAAAGUGGAAAGAUCGUGACGCCGAAUCCAAAGAAGUUCACAUUGGAUGAGUUGAAGAGUGCCACAAGAAAUUUCAGACCAGAUACGGUCCUUGGCGAGGGUGGUUUUGGGCGUGUUUUCAAAGGAUGGGUCGACCCCAUCACCUUCAAGCCCUCCAAAGUUGGCGUUGGAAUCCCCGUUGCUGUCAAGAAAUCUAACCCCGAUAGCCUCCAAGGCCUACAAGAGUGGCAGAGUGAAGUGCAAUUUUUGGGGAAGUUUUCUCAUCAAAACCUGGUUAAACUACUUGGUUACUGCUGGGAGGAAAAUCAAUUCCUGCUCGUAUACGAAUACGUGCAAAAGGGAAGCUUGGAAAGCCACCUCUUUAGAAGAGGCCCAGAACCACUUUCCUGGGAUACAAGGCUUAAGAUAGCCAUAGGAGCUGCCAGAGGUCUUACUUUCUUGCAUACAUCGGAAAAGUCUGUCAUCUAUAGAGACUUUAAGUCCUCCAACAUUUUGCUUGAUAGGGAUUUCAAUGCGAAGCUCUCAGACUUCGGGUUGGCAAAGUUUGGCCCCGUCAACGGUAGAUCCCACAUAACUACACGGGUCAUGGGCACCUAUGGUUACGCUGCCCCCGAAUACAUGAACACAGGUCAUCUCUACGUAAAAAGCGAUGUUUAUGGAUUUGGUGUUGUUCUGCUGGAAAUGUUAACAGGCUUGAUAGCACUAGACACAAAUCGGCCUACGGGUGAGCAGAAUUUGGUGGAUUUCGCUAAACCAUCUCUAGGUAACAAAAAGAAACUAAAAAGGAUCGUCGAUCCAAAUAUGGACGAAGAAUAUUCAAUAACUGCAGCGUUUCAAGUAGCCCUCCUAAUACUAAAAUGUUUAGAACCUGACCCAAAAAAACGACCAUCUAUGGAGGAGGUUUUGGGAACCUUAGAAAAGGUUCGAAGCAUCAAAUAUAAACCCAAAGGGAAGAAGAAAGCCGGCGCAGUUCAUCAAACAGCAAAACGACCAGACGAGGAUCCCACAUAUAACCAACGUCGGUCUCCUUCAAUUCAUUGCAACAUUAAUGGUUAUUCCAAAUCACAAUCUCAUUCCUCUCAACAGUAGUCCACUAUCCACCACCACCACCAUGUCUUUUUUUAAGCAGUUAUAUUAUUAAGAGUUAGGUAAAUUCCAUAUCCUCGAUCCCUUCAACUAUACUAUGCUUUAUUAUGUGCAUAUAUACUUGUUAUUUUAGCUGUAAACUCUCCGAGAAUGAAUGUUCAAACUUCAA